AUGUCUUACGCCGACGCUGCUGCCAAAGGGCCCAAACAGUCCCCCGAGGAUGCCCGCGCCCCCGAAGUAGGCGGAAACUACAAAGACGAAUCAGAAAGCCCGGCGAGCCUAAUCGACGUAGACUCCCCACACGUCUCAUCCGUGGACCCCAACUUCCUGAACCAAGAAGUGAAAACGACCACGCAGGCUGACCGGCUGGAGCGUGAGGCUGCGGCGGCGGCCGAGCAGCAGGCACGAGCCCGCGAGUCUGGGAGCAAGAAGGGCAAGGCGCGCAAGGCGGAAAGCGGGCUGCGCAAGAAUGCUGGUAAUCCCGUCUUCAUCGGCAAUGCGGUCUUCGUUACCCUCCUUGGCGCGGGGCUGGGUUUCGGUGCGUACAGGCAGCAUGUGCAGGGGAAGCUGUCGUGGGAGGCUGUUGGGUUGUGGUCUGGGGUUGUUGGGGCGGCUGGAGCUGUGGAUUACUUUGUGAGCAAGUGGUUCCUCCAGAACAAAUAUCCGCCGAAAUAG